AUGGCUUCUCAAUCCACAAGGCCCGCUGAAGGUGGGUCUUCAGUGCCCCAGCGAGCUCGGCGAAUACCGGACGGAGAAUGGGAGAUCUGGAGAGAGAAGCUGGUGAAUCUCUUCCUGGAAGAUGAUGUACCGCGCAAAGAGAUUGUUGCUAUCAUGGCGGAGAAGCACCAUUUCAUUAUCACGGAAGUACAGCUCAAGAACCGUUUCAAGAAAUGGGAUGUCAAGAAGUAUAUCCCAGACGAUGAUUUGAGGGUCAUGCUGUCCUUGAAAAGAAAGCGACAGCGUCUUGGCAAAGAUGCUCGUUUCCAGUACAAAGGUCAUGAUGUUGAGCAAGAACGAAUGGAGCGUGCUUGGAAGAGACAAAGAGGGCCAUUGCAAUCGCCAGACUUUGUUCCAUCAUACAUCAAAAUGUACACCUCGCGGCAGCACAGCCCUCAAGAUGCUCUAAGUGGCGCUUCGUUGAAUUCUACUGAUCGUCAAUCCAUUGCGCCGCAAAUUUUCGAUAUGCCGCUCCUCGAGCAGUACCAGACCAGAGGAAGCCCAAAUGUUGCUUUCCACAACCCAUUCGAGUUUGACUUCGACUUCAACUUCGAUAUUCCACCGGUAAUGCAAGAACCUGACACCCAUAGUUUAGCAUAUGCUGGUCAAUCUUCGGGUGACUUGGUUAUGGCAGAAGCUCCUAUUGCAGCACCUCUACAAAUAGAAGGGGCGGACUUCGGGGGAGACGUGAUUUCAAGUACUGAAAUGCAGGGUGAACAUAGCGGUAUCAGUAGAGUACUGCAGGAUGACGAAUCCCGCAAGCACCUCCCUACUACCCAGCUUUCCAGAGCGAGUAGUUCACAGGUAUCCAGCAUCGACUGGCGCAGAUAUCUUAACUUUUCCCCAAGCAUGAGUUCGUCAUCUGGAUCGCCCGCUAUGGCUUUUCAGUCACCUCGCUACCCAUCACGACCCUUGAGUACUUUCCUGGCCUCCGAUCAUACGGAUCCUGAGAGUGUUAUGCUCCCAUUGCAAUUGCUAAGGUCAAAUUUUAUCGAGUCCGUAGAGCUCGUUCCGAGCGUUCGGAUCAGUCAGGGUUCCACACUCGAUCGUCUUUACUCUACGUUACAGAGUACCUGGCUAUCGCUGGAGAUAGAAGAACUGAUUUGUCGGAGCUAUGAACUAUCUGCGCAAGCUAUCCGGCGUCGACAGGCGGCAAGGCCGGUUACUAGCAAUGGAACCAGCCUUUCGUUGACGUUGGAAGACGACCACGAAUAUGAGGCGCCAAAGACCGGACGCCAGCCUAUAGAAGAAAGGCACUUCGACAAUAGGCCUAAACUGAAGCUCACGAGUAGGACUUGGCACCGGACAUCGAUGGGAAGGCUCAACAUUGAAUUCAGCACGCCACCUGGAGAAUCCCCAUACGUUGAUACUUCGGAUGUGCCGUGUGUGGUCAACAUAUCUUUCAUACCCAGAAGUCAGCAACGUACAAUCGGGAUCUCUGCUGCGUUUCAAAAUAUUUCAUCUAUAUCACGAGGUUGCCGCAUCUCUCCACGCCUCAGAACGUUCAAUGUAAUACCAAACGACUCACAGGUCAUCCGUUGCAUACGAAGGAAUGAUAUAUUGGGUGUGCAACGGCUUUUCACAGAAGGAAAAGCCUCCCCUUUAGAUGUUGACUCGGGUGGUUUCUCAUUGCUCUCGUAUGCCAUGGAACACAGAAGCUCUGAUAUGUUUCGUCUGCUUUUGGAAGGUGGAGCAGGCACACAAAAUUGCAACUUAUAUUCCAAUACGACUGAUGUCAUCUGGGCCAUUUGGGGCAUUUAUACAGAAACCGACAUUCUCGUAGAGGGACGUCAAGAUCGCGUGGCCUUUGACGCAAACGUGGAUAUGACACGCCUUGCAUUGAACCACGGCUGCGAUAUCGAGGAUAAAGUUUCCUUCAAUAGAUCCUAUGCCAAUGCUCUCUUCCAUGUCACUUUUUGGGAUUGGUCUCAAGCGCAUCCAACGUUACCUAUUGAGACCCUUCAAUUCUUGCUCAAUAUCGGAUAUGACAUAGAACAGCAGAGCGCUAAUGGACUCACGCCACUGCUCUUUGCAGCUACUCAACAGUUGCCUCAUAUCGUCAAAUGUCUCAGAUUGUUCAUUGGACGUGGGGCUAACCCUCACGCAACUGAUCCCGAAGGCCGAGGCGUGUUACACUGUGCUUUCGCCGCUCCAGAGUUCUUUCACGACUGCUUCGGUACGCUAUACAUCGAGGAUCAAUACGGGCCUGAUCGUUCAGCUGAUGCAGCGAUCUGGUAUGCACGGGAAUUCUUCAACACAGAAGAUGACUCUCACAAGGAGGACUACGAUGACGAAGGCGCCGACCCUGGACCACUUCAAGACGAUAUAGUCAACGAUAUGUUCAAUGAAGCGGAUAGCGCAGCGAAUGAGUACAGCAUUGAUUAUAUUCUCUGUGAAAAUGAUGACGGCGCCCUGGAGAAGAUUCGGGAUCCGGUGCAGGUACUCAAUAAGCGCACGAUGUUCAAGCUGCUCACCCUACUCCAACUUGGAUGUGACCCGAAUGUCGUCGACCAUGAGGGUUUGUCACCGAGUGACACUGCGAUGGAAUACGGUCUCUGGCCACAAUGGCGCUGGGCACUCCUCAAUACUGGAUACAUUCAUCACAGACAGCAUGGAUGGGUGAAGAGCUCCUUAUUUGAGUGA